UGCGCUCUGUGUCCUCAAGCGGCUCGACUCUUAUUUUAAGCUCAAAUAAGGCGCGGUUAUAUUUCAAGUCUGUUUUUUUUUAAGACACGCGUUAUUUGAAGGCGUAUACUGCUUGAAAGUUGAUAUUUUUAAUGGCAACGAGUGUAGGACUGGCUAUGAAUCCGCCGCACCCCGCAGAGGAGAGGGCGGUGUUCACGCAGCUGAAGCCGGUCAGGAUGUCGGCAGCGGACGGCGCCGAGGAAGCGUCCGUGUUUGAGGACGUCAAACCCGGGAUUCGACUGGAGAUGGAUAAGUACCUCCCCCAGACCAGCAGUCCUAUUUUAAACGCCUCCAAUGACACUGUUGACAAGAAGUACAGACGAGAGAGCGCAUCUGUGGUCGACGAGUAUUUCUCAGAGGACAAACCGGCCACGCCUUACAGCCUCAACAUAAACGUCAUAAACGUCGCCAGCACGAAUCACCUCCGCACAGGCCUCUACCGUCCCAACACAAAGACCCUCACACCCCAUCAGAUCAAGACAGAGCCUGGGCAGGAGGUUCCCUGCUCCAUCCCCACCACCACUACCCAGGCCCUGCCAAGGUUCACCUCAGUUUUCAGUGUGCCGCCUGUGGUCAAUAACGUUUUCAUCAAACCAGAAAUGAGCUCUGGAGGGGUAGUCAGCAUGGUCACAGGAUCCCAGCAGCAGCAGAGUUUGGAAACAGAGCUUCAGAUUGGCCCACCAGGGCCCCAGCCGCAGGUCUACCACAUGCCCAUAACCACCAGUGCCGACCUCACCAUGACCCUUUCCCACAGCAGCCAGCUGCCAAGCAGCUCCAGCAGUGGCAGGACGAUGCUGAACCUCGGGAGUGUUGCGUUGACGACAGCCAAUGGUAACUAUGUGAUGGCAGACCACCAGCUGGCACAGUGCCAUGGGUACUUCCAGAUUUCUCAGUCUAACCCAGCUCAGCAACAGCCCCACAGUCUGCCUCCGUCACCUCCAAACUCCCAGCCAGGAAGCCCAGAUGGUCAGGCUGAGUUGCUGACCUUAGCACCACAUCAUCCACACCUACCGCCUCCAUACCAGCACAUGGGAGGGCCAAAGUUAAUGGGGCUGUCCCAUCAUGCCAUGCUGAUGACCCACGGCCAGGGCGUCCUGACAGGUCCCAAGUACAACAGGCGGAACAACCCUGAGCUGGAAAAACGAAGAAUCCACUUCUGUGACUUCCUAGGGUGCACCAAAGUUUACACAAAGAGUUCUCAUCUGAAGGCUCACCAAAGAACGCACACAGGUGAGAAGCCGUACCGUUGUACAUGGGAGAACUGCGACUGGCGUUUCGCCCGUUCAGAUGAGCUGACUAGACACUAUCGGAAACACACCGGAGCCAAACCCUUCAAGUGUAUCGCCUGCAGCCGCUGCUUCUCACGCUCCGACCACCUGGCCCUGCACAUGAAGCGUCACCAGAAUUAACACACACACACACACACACCAGCCAAGUGAACACACCAUGGAUGAAGCGGUACACGGACCAACUCUUGUGGUCCACCAAAUGAUGAGCGCACACAUACCAAAAUCAUUCAUGUCUAUCUUGCUGCUUUGUGCCAACUGGUUAGCAUCCACCACUUUGAACGUGUGAUCAAAAAUAAUGACCCAUUCCAGUGCAUUCCAGGGAAACUAGCUGGUAAUAAUACACAGUAAUUCAUUUUCUCACCUGAAGAGAAACCUGCAUCAGACCAGAUGGAAGCAGCAUGACUGUUAACACGUCCUUACCAUGUAGUUACUACUGAAAAAAACAAACAAAAAAUUAUUUGAUUUAUUAGAUAGACAGGAAAUGAAUCGACAAUAAAUUCAUGGUUAUUUAUCAAGCAAAACUAAACAUUGUGUUAAAAUACACAUUGUUCAGAAUUUUAUAUAUAGCGAAUUCUCACCAGUUCAGAGUUAGUUACACUUUUGUUUGUGUGAAAAUAUUAACUGUUUAAUCAUAUUAACUUUUGACACACUGUCAUUUACAAUGUCUGAAAGUGUAUUUUCAACUCUACAGAGUGUACUUUAACACUGGUCAGAUUUAAAAGUGCAACUGUUUGAGUGUUGUUUAUAGGAGAUAAAUGCCUCUGUUUUAAACCCAUAACCUUGUGGUUAUGAAGCGGCACCACUACCAUGGCAUACCAUGGCCUAAAUUAGAUAUUCAGAAAGUUAAAGUCCGCUUGCUAUAAUUUAAACCUGAAAUAUUUACAGUGAGAUUUUUAACACUACAGUUUUUCUAUAUAUAUGAAUUUAAUUUGAUGUUGAUUUUAUCACAUCCUUCAUUUGGCUCGGUAACUUGCUCCUGUCCUGAAGGGGGCAGUCCAGUUUUCCACUACCUCAGAUUUAGAAACCAUGGGUCUCCUCCCAGUUGUAAACUGGCCAAAUAGUAAAGUUCACUGUGUUCCGGUUCCAGCUUUUAUUGGAACUUUGUGCAUAUUUGCAAAAUCUUACAUUUUUAAAAAAAAAAUUACAUAUUAGCCAAUAAGAAAUAGCCAAUAGCCGAUCACAAAAUGUGUGAUGCCUUUAUUCCAGAAGCCACUGUGGCUUAACUUUGUAAAAAUGGAGGCUUAAAAUUAUAGUUUAUAAUUUCAGCUUGACACUGAUGACAGUGGUUUAGUAUUUUCAGUGUAAGGAACCCACCCUGGUAGCUUAAUGGUUAGCAGUGUGGCCUCACAGCAAGAAGGUCAAAGGAUUGACUCCUGCCUGCGGUCUUCCUGUGUGGAGUUUGCAUGUUCUUCCUGUAUUUGCAUGGGUUCUCUCCGAGUGCUCUGGCUUCCUCCCACAUCCAAAGACAUGCAGGUUAGGUGGAUUGGAAACUUUAAAUUGUCUGUAGAUGUGCGAGUCUGAAUAUGUUUGUUUGUCUGUAUGUGGCCCUGUGACAGACUGGCAUCCUGUCCAGGGUGUACCCCGGCUCACGCCCUAUGACUGCUUGGAUAAGCCCCCAGUGACCUUUAAUUGAUGUGGGUAUAGAAGAUGGAUGAAUGGAUGGAUGGAAUGCAAUGGUGGUGGUUGGUGGUCUUUAGGAAAAUUGAAUAGUCUGUUUUCUGAUUGGCUAUUGCAUACACUUUCCAAAAAUGCACAAUUUUAGUAAUCCUAAAAUUACAAAAUUACAAUCAAAUUACAUAACGAGCCUGACAAUGCAGACCGGAGGUCAUGUUCUGAAGAAACUAUGCCGUACGCUGAAUGUUGCCAGAUUUCAUAACACAGUUAUCUUAAAAUCCCUCAUGGCUGCAUAGAGUUCUUAUUUGAUUGAAUUCACUUAUUGAAAUUUGGUGUUUAGUACUGAGUUUUUGAAGGGAAAAACUUUGCUCAUGCGUUCAUUGUGGUGCACCACAUGGUCAGGUCUGAUACUACUACAAGGUACCACAUCCAGUCUGGUACAUAGCAGAGGUAGGACAAAGUCACCAUCAAGUCACUCUCAAGUCAUGAAUAAGCAGGUCCCAAGUCAAGUCUCAGGUCAGCUUGCAAAAAAUUGGUGGUCAUUAUGACUUGAAACUUGACUUGGGACUUGCGGAUUCAUGACUUGAGAGUGACUUGAUGGUGACUUCGUCCCACCUGUGGUACAUAGUACAUGUAAACCACGAGAGCCAAAGCAACAGAACCCAGAAAACGCUGACAAAGAUGAUUUUGGUGUGUGUUCUCAUUACUUGAACAAGUUACCACUUAUGUUGAUUCAUCAUAUGCACUGUUUCACUCAGACUGACUACACACACACACACACACACACACACACAUGCCCAUAAGCACACAAGCACAUGCUUUUGGAACUGAACUGUAUCUGUGGAACCGUCCUGUGUGACUCCCAUGAUGCAUUUGGAACUCUUUUGGAUCACAUCCGAAGAAGUUUAAUUGAUGUUUAAAAAAAAAAAAAAAAAACGUUUUUCCCCAGUUUACUGCCAACAUCAUCACCACACUGUCAAAUCAUUUAUUGUUUGAGACAUGAACUUUUAAGGAGAAGUGGAAGCAGAAGCUGAGCAGCGUGCUGGUUUCUCCUGUGUGUAAAUAUCUGUUUAUAUCUGUGUGCAUGUGUGUCUGAAAAUACAAUGAAUGUAUUGAGAUUCAUACUUGACUUUUUUUAAAACAUAUUAAUGUGGGUAAUAUUCCAUGCUGAAACUUCCUCGUGAUAUGAUGACCAUUUAAGGAGCUGACAGAAAA